UUGCCCUACCUAUCCCAUCCUGCCCCGCGUCUGACCUUAGCGUUCCCCUCCGUCUGUCGUCUGCACCAGAAAAUAGCGGAUUUUACCUCAUUUUUACCGAAAAUUCAACAUUUCUGUGGACCGAUCUUUUACUGACUGUACCAGGGACCAAACUAGCACCCAUAGAUCAGAAAUUUCAGCCCCGGACUACGUCGAAAUCGAUAUAUCCACGUCCGAAUUUGCACGGGAAAAACUGCACCGUAAACAAAGGCAAGGCUGCCGGUUUGGGGAUUAAGUGAACGGAUUCUUCUCUUCAGAUCGUCUGUUUUCAACCGUCAAAUAUCGUCUGUAAAUGUCGGCAGGUGCGAUGUCUGCAGCUAAGAGUGUACCACCACAGCCCCUCCCCCAGGAAGUCCCCAUGGAGGCCACACCAGCCAAGUCAGCCCCCAAGAAGAAGCCGAGAGGCCGGCCUCCCAAGAGUCAGGCCAAGAAACAGGAGAAGAUCACCGACACCAUGAAGGUCGAGAAGAAACCCAAGAGAAAAAUCGACCGCUUCAAGGGCACACCUGAGUCUGAACUCCUGUUGAGGACGCUACCUGACCAUCUCAGUCCCAACUUGGACAUUGUCAUCAUCGGAAUCAACCCAGGUCUCAUGGCAGCGUAUGUCGGCCACCACUACCCUGGGCCUGGUAACCACUUCUGGAAGUGCAUCUACAUGUCCAGACUGAUCGACCGACCCAUGACGGCCAUGGACGACUUCAAACUGAUCAACUACGGCAUCGGAUUCACGAACGUCGUGGAAAGAACAACGCCAGGAAGCAAGGACCUCUCGCGGAAAGAGAUGGGGGAGGGGGCGAAGAUUCUUGUCGGGAAGCUGCAAAAGUACCAGCCGAGGAUUGCGGCCUUCAACGGGAAGAGCAUCUACGAUGCUUUCUCCACGGUUUUCUUUGGGAAGAAGCUGAAAAAAGAUUUCCAGUUUGGACAGCAGCCAGAUUUGGUGCCAGGCACGAACACCAGGAUAUUCGUCAUGCCAUCCUCCAGUGCUAGGUGUGCACAGUUCCCUCGGGCUCAGGAUAAGGUUCAGUUCUACCUGCGUCUGAAGAGGCUGAGAAACGAGCUUAAAGGAAUCCAGGAAGACCGAGAGGUGGAGGAAACCGACUACUCCUUCGACCUCAUCAAGGCCAUCGAGGACGCCAAGAGGACCAAGGUCAAGCAGGAGAAGAACUUUGAUGUGGACACCUGCGCAGGUGCACACGUGCAUGCGGACCCACCUGCUGCAGGUGCGGCACCAGGUGCGGCUCCAGGUGUUGCAGCUGCAGGUACAGGUGAUGCUCCGCAACCUAAUUGGGACAAUGUGUUCCCUCCAAUGGACUUUGUGGACCACAUACCUGAUAUCACCUCUCAGUAACUAGUACAAAUACUAAGGGUAUUCUUAUGGGACAUUGGAUAGGAAGGCUAACAUUUGUAUAGUUUUACAUGCAAAUUUGUACAUCUCUGUGGUUUGUUGUGAAGCAUUUUUAAUUUGUAGGUCACAUACCAGAUACAUGUAUUGGCUCUCAGUAACUGUAGUGUACAUGUAGAAUUUGUAGAUACUCAGGGUUUCCUUAUGAUUAGGACCAAACAGGCACUUUUAAUGAUAAAGUCUUGAUAUAAAGUUGACCAGUAUUUCACAGAUUUGCACAUUUGUAGGCUUCAUACAGAAGCAUUUUUACUGAUCCAUCUCAAAUGUAGGGUUUACUUUGGAAUGGGGCAGGAUUUUCUGAUCAAGACUUAGCCCAUCUCCACUGUCUUAUAAUCUAGGAGUAAACUGUAGCAUUUAGGAUGUGAGAAUCAUGAACUGAAGUGUACAAACUUCAUUUUUCGCCACCUGAAAGAAUGUGUAAUUAUUAUAACAUUUACCCCUUAUAGUAAUGGGUAAACAUUUUGCACAAUUUCCAACCAACUUGAACCAAAUAAUACAAGUGUGUUUUUGAUAUUGCCCUUGUAGAUUACCCUUUUUAAUGACAAUUGUCAAACUUUACAACAGUAUUAUCAUUUUCUCAGGGCUUUUAUAUUUGUAUUAUAUCUUAAUACAAGACAAGUUGUUAUUCUCCAGGCAGAGGUUGGGGCACGGAGAUAGUAGUAGUCAUGAUUUUUACUGGCUCACACCCCUCAAUAAAAAUCCUGACCACUACUAUCUCCGUGACCCAACCUCCUCGUGGAGAAUAACAACUUGUGUCUUGUUGAAUUUCCAGUAUUGGUAAGAUUUUAGCAUAUGUUGUUGCACCAUAUGGUACGUAGAGAUCCUAUAUUGUGUUUCUUUGUGUGAUGACACAUGUAGACAUUAGCCGGUGUGUGUGUGUGGUCGUCAGAAACAAGUGCAAAGAAUACCUAACAAUGCAAGCUGGCUUGGA